CUGGCUCCUUCUCAAGCUCUGAUCUUUUCCUUCUUUUUCGCCUCUGUUGGCAUGUGGCUCACAUUCCCACUUCUUGAAAAAUCCUCAUCCACAAAACGAUCUCGUCUCUGGCUUUCUCUGGUGCCAAAAAUGACAGCUUUAUGAAUCUAACUGCGCCCUUCCUUUUGCGCCCCAUUUCUUCCCCUCCUCCUUCCUCCUGUCGUUUGGUCUGGUCUGGUGGUCUUGGAAGCUGAUGAUAAGAAUGAUGUCAUGAGAGCCCCCGUCUCUCAUGGCUUUUUUUAUCUGAAUAAGCCUCCGCACCAACCGCCACCACCGCCGACUGGGGCUUUAAACCUUUCCCGUCAUCCUCCUCCACCUCAUUAGCCUCUAAAGUCAACUUUUCCGUCGGUGUCUGUCUUUCUCUUUGACUCUGUUUUUCUAUUCUCUGUUUUUCUUCUCUCUCCCUGGUGCGGUGUUCAAACGCUGGGCCUCGCUUGCAGCUACAUAUACAUGUCUUUUUUCCUCCUCCUUCUGGCUCCUCAUUUGAUCUUUUCUAAAAGUUCCCAAUUCUGGGUCAAUGGUCUUUGGGAAGAAUCACGUAGAGGCCGUAUUUUAAUGGUUUACCUUGGUCAUCUUGUCAUGUUUUCAGGCACGAAAGAUGGGUCGUGAUUGUUGUGAUUGCUGGAGGGUCCCGAAUAGUAAAGCUCCAAUUUUUUUCCUUUCUCAUUGGUGGGACUUUCACGAUGAGAAGAAUUAUCUUUCUGUCUGGUCAAAUCAUUGAGAGGCCAUCCGGAGUUCGCUUUUGAAGGGUUUAGCCCAGUUUCAUUGGAAUAGGUGUCAUGCGUGAUCCAAAGAGUUGUCUUUCUUGUGUUUGUGAAAUGGACCAACUCAUGAUUAUAUACGGGUUUUGAUGUUUUUGUAGUUCUCUUGUAUUCAUUCUGAUUCGAAGUUGUGAAUUUGCUCUGUUUGAUGAUGGAUUUGGAGAAAACUGAGGGAGUUGGUGGCGUGAAGGAAGAGGGAAUUGUGGUUCCAAAGGGGAAGGGGAGUGGGAGUUUGAGCGGCAAAGACCUGUAUCUGAGAGCCGACAAGUUUGAUCUGAAAAGCUUGGACAUACAGCUUGAGAAGCAUCUAAGCAGGGUUUGGUCGAGAAGCAUUGAGAACCAGAAGCCUAAAGAAGAGUGGGAAAUUGAUUUGGUAAAGUUGGACAUAAGAAAUGUCAUUUCUCAGGGUACCUAUGGUACGGUCUACAGAGGCACCUAUGAUAACCAGGAUGUUGCAGUGAAGUUGUUAGACUGGGGCGAUGAUGGUGUCUCAACAUUGGCUGAAACUGCUGCCUUGCGGGCAUCGUUUCGGCAAGAAGUUGCCGUGUGGCACAAGCUUGAUCAUCCUAAUGUUACCAAAUUUGUUGGAGCAUCAAUGGGGACUUCCAAUCUUAAGAUUCCAUCAAAAACCCCUUCAAACGAGCAUCAGAAUUCACUUCCGGCUAGAGCUUGCUGUGUGGUUGUAGAGUAUCUUCCUGGUGGGACGUUAAAACAGUACCUGAUAAGGAAUAGGCGAAAGAAACUUCCCUUCAAAAUUGUUAUCCAGCUAGCUUUAGAUCUUUCUAGAGGUUUGAGCUAUCUGCAUUCGAAGAAGAUUGUACAUCGGGAUGUCAAAACGGAAAACAUGCUGUUGGAUGGCCAAAGAAAUUUAAAAAUUGCUGAUUUUGGCGUAGCGCGUGUUGAAGCUCAAAAUCCAUGCGAUAUGACUGGUGAAACUGGUACACUUGGUUACAUGGCUCCAGAGGUUCUUGAUGGUAAGCCAUAUAACAGAAGAUGUGAUGUCUAUAGCUUUGGCAUAUGCUUAUGGGAAAUUUAUUGCUGCGAUAUGCCAUAUCCUGAUCUAAGUUUUGCUGAUGUGUCAUCUGCUGUGGUUCGUCAGAACUUGCGACCUGAAAUGCCGAGAUGCUGUCCCAGUUCUUUGGCCAACAUUAUGCGUAAGUGCUGGGACGGAAAUGCAGAGAAGCGUCCCGAAAUGGCAGAGGUGGUUAGGAUGUUGGAAGUGAUUGAUACAAGCAAAGGAGGAGGUAUGAUACCUGAAGAUCAGGCUCCGAGUUGUAUCUGUUUUGGUCCUGCCCGAGGGCCUUGAUUUCAGUUUGGCGAUCCACAAUUGAAUCACUCUUUUGGAGCAAGGGUAAAGAUAUGUAUUUUUUUUUUCUUGAGAAAUCUGUGAUGAGUACUCAAAUGGGCGUGCGAUUGCGUGACUUUGGUACUUGAUGAUGCUUUGAAUUCUGCUAUAUUCUUGGAAAGUCUCGCCUGUAUAGUUCCGGCCCAUCUGGCAGGUCUCGAUGAUUUGUCAAAGAGAAAGUGGGCACAGGAAACGUGUGUAGCUUCAUUAGGAUAGGCAAGAGGAAGGAUUCCCUAGUGAUACAGUGGAGAGCAAAACAAAGCCUUUUCAAUGUGGUUCUGGUUCAUUCAUGGUGUUUCUUUUCUUGGUCAAAUAUAGAAUGAGAUGCUCCCGGCCUUUAACUAG